AUCUCCCUGUUCAAGGGUAGAGUCCGGAUCCGGGGAUUGAAGGCUAUGCGGGAUCUACCCGCUUGUAACUGAGGCUUUGAAUAUCUUCUGGUGCGCCUCUGCCAACAGUCCCCCCCCCCUUCUCUGACAUUACCUCCCGAGGUCCGUUGUAUCGAACUAUGAUAUCGCGGCUCCUGCGACCAUCCCCCCUCAGGCACCACCCAUCUUUACAUAAUCAGGACUCCUGCACACCAAAAUGCCAUUGAUCAUGGAGGACAGUAUCAAUGUUGACGAUCUGUUCGGCGAGCCCACCUCGCUGGAGUUGGGCUUGCCCCCAGCUGCUUCUUCCCCUAAAGGCCUUGCCCAGCGUUUGGAUGAGAUGCGAUUACUGGGAUGUUGCCAGAAAAUUGCAUGGUCCAAGCUUGGAUGUAUUGCUUAUAUUUCACAAGACUCGUCGAAGGUCAAUGUUCGCCAUCUCCAGUGUCGGCCUUCUGACGGCAAGUGGGCGCUCAGUGAGGAGACACCAUUGUUGCCGAUCACAGAGGCCAAUGGGGGUCAUCCCCUGGCCCAUCUCAGCUGGAACGAAGCUGGAUCCGAACUGGCUGUCAUCGAUCUAUCUGGCCGUAUUUCCAUCUAUUCUAUCCCAAUCUCCUUAAACAGCGUCAACGGGCUGCGACAGCCAGCCUUUGACCCCGAUGACGGGUCUCAGAUUGUCGGCAUGAUGUGGCUUAACACCCAACGCUCUGUGCAUGCUUUCUACCAAGCGGCCAAGGUCCAGGGUCGUUGGGCCUACUCACCGUUUCGUCGCCGGCCAGUUGGCCCCUUCCACCCGGCAAAUAAAGCUGCAUUGGUCUGUAUCACACGGUCGGGCAUCAUGAAGCUCCUGUACCAGAACCCAGACGGCAGAUGGGCCGAGAUAUCUGCGGAGCUGAAGAAUACGAGCUACUCCGAUCGGCUAUUAACACAUGCGGCCUUGGUUGCAACCCAGAAUGGCGUUCUUGUCGCUACUUAUUCUGCCUGUCAGAAGAUCUGCUUUUACCGCGUGCAAAUCAACUGGACCCCGUCCCAAUGGGACCCUGCACAGCAGCCAAGGCAGCCGACCCAAUUUCCCGUCCCCAGCUUCCGUUUCACACAUUGCAAGGUCGAGACUGCUGGCAAUGUUCCGGGUAAUCGCAGCGGCGAAGAACCAGACCUGCAUUCUUUCUCGAACCCUCUUUACUGCCUCAGCCGUCUGGAAAUAAUACUUCCAGCUUCCGACAAUGCUGUAGGAUCAACGGCAAGCCCAUGGAUUGUUGCGAUCUUCUCAACCCCACCGCAGGUCGCCCAAGGCCAUACCCAUCAACAAGGACCGGCGAGUGUGAUUGUCAGAUGGCAAUUAGACACUGCUGCCUUUACACUUCACCCGAAGUUUGACGAAAUGGCUGCGAAGAGGACCAAUGCUCAGACCAAGCCUAGGACCGUGUUGCGUCGACUGGACGACAUCUGUUCCGAUCGAUAUGUCAUUUCAGUAGACCAUAUGGAAUACGGUAAUGUGCUGGCCAUCACCUACGACGAUAGCUCUGUUGCCUUCUAUGACCCGAAAACAAUGGCGGUGUUCAAUGGAAUCGAUGAUGGGAACACGGUGACCAGUCUGGCCCAAGCAGGGUUCCACUACACACCAGACACCACAGGUCAACACAUCAGUUUUUCACCGAGUGCGUGUGCUGCGGUCAUGCUGGAUGGUGAUGGCCGGACGCAUCUCAGGGUAGUGGAACACUCGUACGGAGCAGAAAACGGCCUUUACGAUGAAAAUAAAUUCUCGGCAGCUAUUGCGUCUCUCACGCUGGCUUAUUGUCGCGGAUGUGGAAGCGAAGUCAACACCGAUGAUAUACUAUUAAUCCUAAUACGACAGCUUUCAACCGAUGCCCAAACCACCUUCAUCAAUGAAGUAUACCGCGCGCUGCCCAUCAACUGUAACUUCACGGUCGAGCAGGACAAACUGAUGAACCACCCUUACAUUCCCCGGUGUCUCAGUAUACAAGCUUCUCUGGGAUUCAAGGACAAAUACACAGCUCGGAGCUUUGCGUCUUCCGUCUCUUGGUCCAUUCUUCAACUACGACACGCUUCCAUACUAUACCCAUUUUUCUUUCAGUACAACAAAGGGAUGCAGACAGAGCCACAUGAUCCUGAUGUUCUACGCAUGAUGCUUGGAAACACCAAGUGGGCACUUGACUUUUGCCUUUACAUCCUGAACGAGCUUUUCGACCUAGCCGACGAAUUCGAAAGCCUAUCAAAUGACCAGGAAGCUUUCAACCAGAAAUUGAAAACCACAAACUCCCUAUCCCUCAUCAUGCUCCUAUCCAGCAUGUCCCGGGCUUUCCUGCGCUUCAUCUGUCGUGGCCUGCGCGGCAUCCCCGCCGGGUACGCAAACGCCCCCCUGACCGGCGAUGCCCGCACAUACUACUCGGAGAUCUGCCAAACCGUGGACGCAUCUCCCGCACGAAUCGACGUCUACGAGAAAUUCCUAGCGAGCGUAGACUCCGUGGUACGGCACGCAUACCACGGCGCCGGGUUCGGCGACGCCGAACGGCCAGGGCCCGAAAAGGAACUCCUCGUCAACGCGCGCAUUCCCCCCGUGCUCGUCGCAGCUGUCUCCACCAUCCUGCGACAGACCGUCCCCGCACUUAGAUCCGACGUCGACCGCAUGAGCAUCUACAUGGGCGAUUACGGCUGGCUCGGCUUGGGGUCCGACCGCCGCUCGGAGCUGUACCGCCGCACGCGGGAAGUCGACAUCAUCAAGAAGACCCCCAUCCGGAUGACGGUAUCGACGGGCUUGGAUCUAUCCCAGGGCGUCAAACUGAACGUCCAGGGACAACAGCAACUCCGCCGGCGAUGCGUCCGCUGCUGCGAGGUGUCGGAGGGCACGUACCCGCCGCGCUCGGUGCUCGCGUUUCGCAUGAUUUUUAAAUUGGGACAUUUGCGAGCGUGUAUUUGUGGGGGAAUGUGGACUAUCGAGUCGGGUGUGAAUGAGGUGAGCAAAUGAGUAUAUAUCAGACAGUAGGUAGUGGAAGAUAGGGAUGUAGGUAGGUAGAUAGUUAAGCUUGGAUACCGCGACCCUGGCGGUCGUGGUUGGGGGUGAUGUUUGAUUUUUGGUAUCAGAUGGUAAGGCAGGAAUGGAUGGAUAUCGUUCAGAUAUAACAGUAUGUACGACGAGCGGGAAUAGGUACUAUACAGCGAAUGAAAUUUAC